AUUUUUAUUAUUAUAUGAAUUGCAUUUGCACUCUCUCUUCUCUUGCAUAUCCGUUUUAUCAAGGAGGCAAGUGUGAAUAUCGCAUUUGUUCCUGAAUCUCUCUCGAUCGGAGCUAGCCAGGGCCGGGGUUGUGUGGGCUGCGCAACCCAAGAAGGAGAGAGAGAAGGAAGGAAGGAAGGAAGGAAGGAAGGAAGGAAGAGAUAGAAGUAGAAUGUUCCAUGGUCAUGUGAAGAAACCCUCGACAACAGCAACAUCCAGCAGUCACAAUAAUACUAAUAAUAACAGCAGCAGCAACAGCGGGAUGAUGAUGAAUUCUUCGCAUCAUCAUCCUCAUAAUCAACAUAGUCAUCAUCAUCAUGAUCAUAGGACCGGGGGAGGUGGGGGGAUGUCGUCCUCAUCUUCAGGGCCAGGGGGAGACUCAGGCCUGGUUCUCACCACCGACCCCAAGCCCCGACUCCGAUGGACGGUGGAGCUCCAUGAGCGCUUCGUUGACGCAAUCACCCAGCUCGGAGGCCCCGACAGUACCACUCUUUCAUCCCAUCCCUUUUUCUUGGGCUUCUUCGAUUUCUUACUUACAAAUUAUAUAAACGAUGAUGUUAAUUUGGUUGCAGAGGCGACUCCAAAGACGAUCAUGAGGGUCAUGGGUGUGAAGGGUCUUACCCUUUACCAUCUCAAAAGCCAUCUUCAGAAAUUUAGGCUUGGGAAGCAACCUCACAAGGAGCUCAAUGAUCACUCUAUUAAGGAUGCAGCUUCCGCAGUAGAUCUUCAGCGAAAUUUAUCUUCUUCAUCGGGAAUGAUGGGUCGCAAUAUGAACGAAUCUAGAUUUUAUUUUCUUACUUUAUUUUCUUCUUUUUAUGGGGACUUGGGGGAUUGGGUUUUGUUCUUAAAUCUCAUUUUCUUCUCCUUCUUUUGGGGGUAUUGGAACUUGGCGAUGCAUAUGAACAAUAGUAACUCAAACGUGGUUGAUGGGAUUAGGAUGCAAAUGGAAGUCCAGAGACGACUGCAUGAACAACUGGAGGUACAAAGGCACCUGCAAUUGAGGAUAGAGGCGCAAGGCAAAUACAUGCAAAGCAUGCUGGAGAAAGCCUGUCAGACCCUGGCCGCCGGCGAACAUCAUCAGCCCUACAGUAGUGCCCCUACUAACCCAACAAUGACGGCCAAAGCCGCAAGUGGCGGUGGUGGGCCAGCUGGCAUUCACGGGGAUUCUCAUCAUCUCCACCACGAACAUCACUUGCACAAUAGUAAUAACACCAACAACAUUAAUGUUGAGAUGGUGGUGGGAAUGAAGGACAUAGGACAAGCAGCAGCGCUCAACUUUCCGCCAGUGCAAGACCUCAACAUCUACGGCACCAGCAUUGAUUCAACAGCCUUGCCAUUGCCCUUGAUGAUGCAUUCUUCCAACGUACCCAAUAAUAACGUACAUGUCGACGCUGCUGCACUUUGCCUUGGCUCCAACAACAACAACAACAAUAAGCGCCACAACCCUUACACCAACACUGACAGCAGUAAUAGCCGGUUGUCCUUGAUGAUGUGGUCGUCGGCUGAGGAUCUCCGGUUGCAAGAACCGGCGACGGACGGGAAUCGCGGGCAGAAGCAGCAGCAGGCCGGCGGUGUAACGGACGAGGAGGAGGAGGAUUGCGAUGUUGAUGACGACGAGGAUCAGAUUCAUAUGCAUGAUCAAGUGCAGAUUCACAUGAACCAUCAUCAUCAUCAUUUACAGGAUUCCUUGUACGAGUCGAAGCCCAUGCAGCAGCGGAUGGUAGGACAGCGCCAAGUUGGCGGCGAUCAUCAAGAGAGGCGCAUGUAGUAUAUAUCGGGAGCGGUGAUUACUAUAGAGUAGUAUAUAACCACCAUGGUUAAAAAUAUUUAAUCAAUUAUCUUUUUGAAUAAUUAUAUUUUACUAAAUUAUAAAAAUAUAUUAAUUAUAAUUUUCUAA